CCUGUGAGUUUCAAUGUGAAUAGCACGUGGAUGUUACAAACCUCUUGAGCUGGGUACUUGGUGGAACAGCGGGGGAGCGCUAGGAGGACGGAUGCAGGCGCAGUGUAGAUGGAGUAGGGCAUAUACAGUAUCCUACGCAGAGGAUUCAUGGAUUUAUGGAAAUUCUUUAAUGAACUGUUAGGUUCUCACUCGGGACGAUGCAUAUCUAUUGAAACGAAUAUUAUUUUGUCCUUCUCUGGGUUAAUCGACGGAACAUGCAAACACUGAAGAUGACUGACAGGUGAGGGGACAAUAAAAACAUCCUAUUUAAAGAAAAAAAAUUAAGAGAUGUGAUUUGAAAUAGUCAGCGCGCGAGUUUAAACUCGCGAAAUAGAAAGGCUAUACUUUAUUAUUAUUUUUUUUACAAAUUCCCAUUGAUAAAUCAAAAAUGGAUUUUUUGAAUACCUCCAUUUGGGCGGACGAGGAGGCUGAGAUAUAUCCUAAUUCCACCACGGGCAGUCAGUACUCGCUGGUUUCAAUCGCGGGACUCGCUGGACUUAUCAGCUUUCUUAUCCUGUUUACCAUUGUGGGGAACGUAUUGGUUGUUAUAGCUGUGUUAACCAGUCGAGCUCUAAAACCGCCCCAGAACCUUUUCCUAGUGUCUCUAGCUAGCGCCGAUAUUCUCGUGGCCACCCUUGUCAUGCCCUUUUCCCUAGCAAACGAACUCAUGGGUUUCUGGUUUUUCGGCAAAGUUUGGUGCGACAUCUACUUGGCUCUAGACGUUCUGUUCUGCACGUCCUCCAUCGUCCACCUGUGCGCGAUCAGUUUGGAUAGGUACUGGUCUGUGACGCAAGCUGUCGAGUACAACCUGAAGAGGACUCCAAAACGCGUUAAAGGGAUGAUCGUGGUGGUAUGGCUGAUAUCUGCAGUCAUAUCUUUCCCCCCAUUGAUAUCCAUGGACAGGAACAACAGUGACAUCAGCCCUCAGUGUGAGCUCAACGACGAGACCUGGUACAUCCUGUACUCCAGCCUCGGGUCCUUCUUCGCGCCCUGUGUCAUCAUGAUCCUGGUCUACAUCCGGAUCUACCAGGUGGCAAAGACCAGAACCAGGACCAUGUCAGAGAAGAAGAGGGAGGUGGACGGAGCCGGCCCGGUGGGGAACGGGCUUGAGCGGGCCGAGGGAGGGGGCGGCGGCUCUGUGAAGGUUAGCGGCGGCGACGGAGAGAAUGGCCACUGCCACCCUACGGUGCCCUCAUUACCCAACGAGUCCAGCAGGACGCCGGUGACGGACCACGAGGACGACGGCGACUUUGACGAGAGCAGCUCGUCGGACGAGAAGAACACCAAGAAGCACCCCGCCCACGGCCACGCUCGUCAUCACCACGACGACAAGAAAGACAGAAAGUCCAGCCGGAAGUCCAGCUCCGCCUCCAAGCACUCCAGCAGGAAGUCUCGGGCCAGCUCCAAGUCCAUCGAGCUCUUCUCAUCGCGGAGGAAACGCCGGAGCACCGUCUCGCGGAAGAAGAUCUCGGCGGCGAGGGAGAAGCGCUUCACGUUCGUCCUGGCGGUGGUCAUGGGCGUGUUCGUGCUGUGCUGGUUCCCGUUCUUCUUCUCCUACAGCCUGUACGGAAUCUGCCGGGCGCCAUGCGAGAUCCCGGAGACGCUCUUCAAGUUCUUCUUCUGGAUUGGCUACUGCAACAGCUCUCUCAAUCCUGUCAUCUACACCAUCUUCAACCAGGACUUCCGACGGGCCUUCCAGAAGAUUCUGUGCAAGACUUGGAAGAGAAACUUCUGAGAUGUCUCUCUGUCUUCUCUUUCUUCAUUUCCUUUUUCUAAAUCUCUCUUUCACCCUCCCCUCUUCCUCACCACCUUUUCUCUCUGGUCUUUUCUCUGGUAUGGGCUGGUGUGAGAGGUUUGAAGUCGCAAUGCCAAGGGUUUCUAUAGUUACCAUAGCGGUGACAUCACCCUUUCUCCACCGUCAACCCGUCUACAAUGGUGGGUGGCCUUAUAAAGAUGACAUUGUCCUGGGAUCAUUUAUACAACGUCUUUAGACAGACUAAUACAGACACAAAAGAUAUGUGCUCUGCGCCAUUGACUGCAAAGGACAGGAGGGUACUUCACUGACAGCACAACCCCUCUAUUUGACUGAUAACAGUGUUCUGGCCUUGACAAUCUCUGAACGAUGCUUCAACGAUGACCUUAGAUAACAGUAUUGAUUUAGGUUUAUCAGGGGAUUUUUCUCCUAGUUUUUUUUUUUUACGUCACCACUGUGAUGACCAAUGGGACAAAGGGGCUCCUGCUUGCUGAUCUGACAGAAGUAAAACACAGUGUUUCCAUGGUGAACAAAUGGAACAUAUGAAUCAAAUCACCUUUCUGCUAAUGAAUGAUCAGGGGUUGAAAAUGGCAGCAGAACGAAAGAGGAUCAUGUUUGUUGAAGCCUCGAGCGCCUCUGUAUAGCUAGAGACGUUUUUAUGAUGACUUUGCACAUGUGGCUUUUGCACUGGGUGUGCUGAGAGGGUGGCCAUACACCAUGUUCCCUCCCAAAGACAAGUACUGACACUGAUUCUCCUUCCCCUGCUCUGAAAGACCAAAUUGGGGUAGGAAGCUCUCUAUGCCGGCGCACAGAUGGGGAUGCUAGAGGCUUUCAGCGUGUGUGCGUGCCUAUGUAACGGAGAGAACGAGAGAUUUUUUCCAGCUUUUAUGAGUGCGUGCAUGUGUAUGUGGAACGUGCAUGUGCAUUUAGAUAGAUGUCGUGUGUGUGUGUGCGUGCAUGUGUCUGUAUUAGUGCGAGUGUCUUGUCCUCCACCAGCUGUCAGUCGAAUGUGUGUGUGUGUGUAGGUGUGUGUGUGUGUGUGUGUGUGAGAUAGCCUGCUGUGUCUGAGAACUGCCUCUCUCUGGGGAAGGGUUCUGUAUCAGACGCAGUCCGAACUACUUCCACUCUCUAUGGCAGCAUCUCAAUUUGUCCAUUUCCAUCAAACACUCUCUGUAACUCUCUUCUCUAUCCCUCCGCCCAUUUUCACUCACCCCUCCUCCCCUCUCAAUCUCUCACACCACCCUUCUCUCUCACCCCCCCCACCACACACACACACAGAGUAAAAACAUAUGCUUUAUACAAAUAUAUAUAUAUACUUAUUGAUAUUUCUUUAUUUUUCAAGAAAUGCUCUGUGAUUGUGCUUGUUGCCCAUGUCCAUAGGUUCAGCACAGUCCUAUAGCGUGAGCCUCUGUAAUCAUGCUUGUUGGUAUGACGACGAGUCUUUGUUUUGUAUUCAGAACUGGUUUGUCUUAACAGAGUCGGUCUCUUUUAUAACUAAACACUUGAUAAUACUCCACAAACAACACAACAAGCACUGUCUUACUUUACAACGUUCACAUCAAGCACAUUCUCAAUGAUCCAAUAAAGAAAUG